AUGGCGUUGGCAGUGAGUCACUGUGACGAGAUCUCCGUGCGUAAACUCGGGCAAGUUCCCUACGCUGCCGAGAGCCUCCGUGAGGCCGUGGAGAGACUGCGACUCCUGCGCAGUGGACGCUCCUGGCUUGAGUCUUUGGUGCCGCAGCAGCCCCGGGAGGGAGGCCGCCGUGUGCCCUCACCUUUCCGGGGAGGCACCGAAGGCCCACACAGGUUUCCCAGUUCCCCCAAGGUCACGCGGCUGCAAUGCCGGCGGAGGGCGCGGGAGCUCAGCCGGCCCUUCCGCGUCCUUCUGCCCAAGUCUCUGGCUGCAGCCUGCGGUGGCUGUCGUUGGUUCAUGGGGGGGUACGGGGCGCCCCAGGCAGCUCCUCCCCUGUGCUCCCCAGUUGUCCCCGAGAACGCCCAUCGUUUCCUCCGCCGCUUCCUAGCCCGGCGGAGCUGGCGAGCAACUCACACACCCGUCUGCACUCACCAGGCGUUUCCUCCGGACCCGAACCUGCGCGGUGUGCACAGGGAUUCAAAUCGUCGCCUUUCACGACCAUCUGGACUUCGGGGAAGAAGCCGGACGGACUGGGCCAGGGCCCACGUGAGGUGUGAGGACGCAGCUCUCCCCAAGACGGCGCUGACAGAUGCCCCGCAGACAGUGCAGCUGCAGUGGGCUGAUGCACUUCCUCUCCGUGAAGGCCCGUGCCUCGGUGCCGCUGUGCCAAGGACGCCUUGGAUGUGCAGGCUGUCCUGGCCCUUGGCCAGUACUCUGCCUGGUGCUCUCCACGUCAGAGUCACACAGAUCUCCAAACCCCGGUGUUCCAGAGUGACCGCGACCAGCACCUUCCCUGUGCUUUCGGAAUGCAGAAAUCACAAGGUCGGCUUUGUCAGCAUCAGCGUCCUACCUUUUUGGCGCAGGACGGAGGUUGGCUGUGGCUUCUGCUGUCUUCGGGGCCGGGAAACGUCAUCAGACUCGUAGAUACUCUGAGAUUCUUGCGCCCCACAGGCAGCAGCUUUCUCCCAGGUCGUCCAGUUCCCUUCCCUUUGGACCCCGCCGUCUUUAAAUUCUCACGGACGAUGUGGGACGACACGGACUCCCCCGCUCACUGGGAACGGAGGCGGCCAGGCUUUGACGCCGUGUGCGCGUCUCGGGGACGUUCCUUUCCCUCCACCUGCUCUGGUAUUUUUGAGGUUUUGCUCCUGGGAUUUCAUCGGCCCACAGCGCUCUUCCCCGGCUCGUCUGGCUGACAAAAUCCGUCUUUAAGGCUCUGCCUGUCGCAUGCGCUUGCUGCCUGCUCCGCAUCUCCACCUGCGCGGCCAUCGAUUCCGUUUCAUUGACUGCAAAGUGCGAGAGUGCAGGGCCUCCAGCUCUCUAACUCAGGGGCUGGGGUCUUUGUUUGUACAUUGUUUUUAAAGACAUAUUUUCCAAAUGCAAGACAUCAUUUUUCUUCAAUUCCCCCAAACUCUGCUUAGAGUUUGUUGCUCUUAAAGGUCAAAAUUUGUAACACACCUGUCAUCCCAACACUUGGGAGGCUGAGGCAGGAGGAUCGCUGCAAGUUUGAGACCAG